AUGAGUGAAGCACGACGACUAUACUCGGGACCUCCCGUGCCACCCAGAGAGAUUAUUGGCAGACGCGGAAGCCGAGUGGCAUCUACCCGCAGUAUUGCCUCGAGUAUUACCUUUGACGAUGCCAGUAGCACCACCGAUUACGACAUGAGCGGCGAGUUUGAUCCCUUUAUGGAAUCCAGUCUUCCACCCGACAAUCCAGCCACCAUGCCACAACGACGCCAAAGCGGUGUGUUGAUGCUGACCCCUCAAGAACAAGAACUGUUGGCCGACACUCGACCCGGUAUGCCGCAACGACGACAAAGUCAAGUGCACUUGGCACCCGUCACGGAAGAAUCCCUACGAGCAUCCACCGAUUCGGCGCCUGCUCGACCGGUUCGACAACAAAGUGUCGCCAGUGGAUCCACCCGUGAUCUGCGUCAAAAAGUUCCCGAUGCCGUCUCGUCGAGUUUUUCGUCUUCGGCAGAACCUGUUUUGGAUUAUUUGCCGUUUGACGAGAGCAUGGUGGAAUCCAAAUUGAAGGAAUUAACCCAAAAGGCACGCAUCUUUUUAAAAGUGGUCGAUAUUCAAGAUCGUCGAUAUCACUUGAAAACAUUCAAACGGUGUUUUAUCGGGUCCGAAGCUGUGGAUCGAAUGCUGCAAGCGGGCUUGGCAUCGUCCCGCACAGAAGCCGUCGAAUUGGGACGCAAUUUCAUGAAGUACUUGGGAUUGUUCCGCCAUGUAACGGAGGGACACGUGUUCAAGGACAAGUACUUGUUUUACAAAUUUCAAAAACAACAAGACAUCAGUAACAGCAGUAAUGACAAUCAGAGCAACAGCAGUGACGAGUCGGGGAAAAACAUUAGUACAUCCGCACGUCUUUUGAAUCUCAUUGCAAAUCCAGGCAGCAGCAGCAGCAGCAACAAUUGGUACUCGGCAUCGCAUCGAUCGACGAUCAAUGAAGACGAGCCCACGGAGGAAGCUUCUCUUCCAUAG